UGCUGUCGGGGCAGUACUACGUGGCUAUGACACAUUUCCUAACCUCCAUAAUCGUCAACUUUAACGCUUAAUAUCUCGGUUCGCGGGCCAGAGCAACGCUUAUUUCUGCGAGAUUCUUUCGUUUUAUGCAAAAACGCGUCGAAUGAGUCUAAUUUAAUCGAUUUUUAAGAGAGAAUUGCCCUAUAUUUGACCUUUACCAUGGAGGGUAAAUCAGUCGAAGAUCCUAAAGAUGUAGAAAACGUCGAAAAAAUCACAUGGAAAGAUUUGGGACUUGUAGAUACACUCUGUAAAACAUGUUUAGAUUUAAAAUGGGAAGAACCUACCAGGAUUCAACAAGAAGCUAUUCCUUUGACGCUUCAAGGUAAGGAUGUAAUUGGAUUAGCAGAGACUGGAUCAGGCAAAACAGCUGCUUUUGCAUUACCAAUACUACAAGCGUUAUUAGAAAAUCCUCAGAGAUACUUUGCAUUAGUAUUAACACCUACAAGAGAAUUGGCAUUUCAAAUCUCAGAGCAAUUUGAUGCGUUAGGUUCCAGUAUUGGUGUAAAAACUGUAGUGCUAGUAGGUGGAAUGGACAUGCAUGCACAGGGAAUGAUACUGGAGAAGAAACCUCAUAUCAUCAUUGCUACACCUGGUAGAUUAGUCGAUCACUUAGAGAACACAAAAGGCUUUAAUUUACGACAGUUAAAGUUUCUGGUAAUGGACGAGGCAGAUCGUAUCUUGAACAUGGAUUUCGAGGUAGAAGUUGAUAAAAUUCUUAGAGUAAUACCACGGGAAAGAAGAACGUUAUUAUUUUCGGCAACGAUGACUAAGAAAGUGCAGAAGUUACAACGUGCGUCCUUACGAAAUCCUGUAAAAGUUGAAGUGUCCACCAAAUAUCAGACUGUAGAAAAACUGCAACAAUAUUACAUAUUUAUUCCAGUGAGAUUCAAGGAUGUAUAUCUUGUACAUAUCUUGAAUGAACUGGCGGGUAAUAGUUUCAUGAUAUUUUGCGGAACCUGCAAUAACACAGUAAGGACUGCCCUAUUGUUGCGAAACUUGGGAUUCACGGCUGUUCCUUUGCACGGACAAAUGACGCAGAACAAGAGGAUCGCAGCACUUACGAAAUUUAAAGCGAAGAACAGGUCUAUUUUAAUUUCAACGGAUGUUGCUAGCCGAGGUCUUGAUAUUCCGCAUGUAGAUAUCGUCAUUAAUUUUGAUAUUCCUACACACAGUAAGGAUUAUAUACACAGAGUAGGUCGAACUGCACGUGCAGGUCGAUCAGGUCGUUCCAUCACAUUUGUUACACAAUAUGACGUGGAGUUGUAUCAACGAAUAGAACAGUUGAUAUCAAAACAAUUGCCGUUAUUCCCUACGGAAGAGGAAGAAGUAAUGUUGCUGCAAGAAAGAGUAAGCGAAGCGCAGCGAAUAGCAAAAAUGGAUAUGAAAAACAUUGAAGAUAACAGAAAGUCAGGCAAACGGAAAAAACGCGGUGGUAACAACGAAGAUGACGAUACAGAACAAUCUCUUGGUGUGAGGAAAAGAAUGAAAAUAAAAAGUAAAAGAAAAUGAGGACACU